UGCGGACUACUGUGUAUUUGAACACAAAUAAGAUACUAGUUGUUAUUGUCAACUUUUGUAUUCCAUUGGUGUUGUGUUUGUCUCAUCACGUGAAGGUAGAUGCUUUAAAAGAAAGGAGUACGCAGCGGAUGAUGUCUUCUAAGGCUCUGAGAUACACUAUAAAAACAACAUUGCGCCCUUCACCGCAGAUUUACGAAAACUUGUUUGUGCUCGAUUUUGAAGCUACGUGUGAUUAUCCAGAGCAGAUUUCACCGCAGGAAAUAAUAGAGUUUCCAUGCUUGAAAGUUAGUGGCAAAACAUUUGAAGUUCUGUCACAAUUCCACCAUUACAUUAGGCCAAUAUGCAAUCCUCUGCUGUCAGAUUUUUGUGUGGCCAGGACUGGAAUAAUUCAGGAGAUAAUUGAUAACUCCGAGACAUUUGAGAGCAUUUUUCAGCAGUUCAGAAUAUGGCUUCACAAUAAUGACUUCAAUAACAGAUGUGUGUUUGUAACAUAUGGUAACCAGGAUUUCGAAAGGCUGCUGCCAACUCAGUGCCAGAUUUCAAAUAUUGCUGUUCCAAGCUGCAUGAGAAAAUGGCUUGAUUUGAAGAAGUGCAUCGCCAGGGCAACUGGACAUUACCCAUCCAGCUUAAAAAGUGCUGUGGAAAGAUUUGGAAUAAAAUUUUCUGGCCGCCAGCAUUCUGGUAUAGAUGACUGCUACAACAUGGUUUCAAUUAUGAAACUCCUGGCAGAGAAAGGAUAUGUUUUCAAUUAGCUCCAGUACAUAAACUGUGAUGUGGCAGGAACAGAAGUGUUUUCUUUUGCCAUGAGUAUGGUGCCAAAUAAUGAACUGAGGAUUAUACACACGGAAUUGGCAAAAUAAUUAAGUUGAAGAGGUUUAUUACUACCUAAAAUUAUGAAGAAAUGUGUAUAUACCUUCACAACAAAGGAUAGUGUGUUUUAUGUUGAUGUAUACCAGUAUUGUGUAGGUUUUAAGAGGAAAAAUUAACUGCCACACCACAUCUGUGUAAGGAUUGACUAAUUUUGGACAUCAUGUGAUGCAUGUUUGUGUUGAGAUGGUCAGAAAUAUCUGCAGUCAGAUCUGAUUUCUGAAAUGUUUUCCUAUUAUAUUUUUUCUCUAUUUUUGAUACAGCCAAAGUUUCAUAUAGUAUGUUGAAUGUAUUAAUUGACUUUAUGUAUAUGUUUUCUGAUUUUGCUAGUUUAUGUCAUAUUUUUUAUGACUGAAGUCACUGAAAAGUUACAGUGAAGUGUGGAAUAUGAAGGAGAUAAGUUGGUUAUUUUAUUAUGUAUGUGAACUUGAGUAUAUUACUUUAUAU